ACUACAUAUGUUCCCCUGUCACUUUCCAAAUACCGCACAGACGGAGACGGAAACAUGCAAGCGAAAUGAAGAAGCAAAAUAGUCUUCACCAUCUUCCUUUAUGUGGUCUGAUUCCUUUCUCCAACCAUCAGUGAGUAGGAAGGUUGGUUCGCGGGAGAUAAGUUCGGAGGAAAAAAAAAAAUUGUGUCUGUGGUUUUCGGUAUUUUCCACACAAAUGGCAGUGUUGUUCCCUUCAUCCAUGGUGUUACAUUUUAAUUUGAAGCCUUGCAUGUAGGUGAAAAAAUUUCUCCGGUGUUGAACCUGAGAUUUCUGUUUUGUAUCUGAGCUAACUAUUUUCAAUCUUCUCCACAAAGAAUUAUGGCUUCAUCGAGGGACAAGGAACAAGCGCCGCCGCACCAUCACCAGCCUCUCUUGAGCAGCCUCGUCGUCCGCCCUUCCCACAGCGAGGGCGGCGGCGGCGCCUCCGCCGGUGGUCGUUCCGGCGAUUUCGAGCCCAGCGGACUCCACCGAGAUCCUCCUCCCCCUUAUUCCCGCGCCGAUCGAUAUUCCGAUGACCCUGCAGGGUCUUCAACUACUGAUGGUUUGAAAAAUUGCUGAUCCAUGUCAUCCCACAUAAAUUCCAAAGGCCCUCAACCUAAACCAUUCAACCGACUGUGUUUGAUGUAGGGUGUCGGUUUUAACAAUUAUGCGUUUAAGUUGGAUGUAAAUCAGCUUGUAUAUGGACCUUUGAUUAAUGAAGGCUUUGUGGUUAUGCUGUAAAACUUUUUUAGUCCUUUUCCUUUGUUGACUUGUAACU